AAAGGAAGGGAAUCACCUUCAAGGCUUGAUGCCUUUAUUUAGUCACUGGAAAAGGACAGAGACUGCCAUAAAUGUGAGACUAAGAAUUUGUUAAAGGUAGUAAGAAACACAUUCUCAAGUCAAAUUUCUACUUGUUGCAGCAUUAAAAAAAAAAAAAAAUCGUCCAUCCAAGGAGUGGUUUCUGAUCCAGAAGUCUUGAAAAUAUUGAGAGAAUGUGAAGAACUUGAGUUAACAUGGAAUAAUGUCAUGGCAGAAAUUCAGGGUAACUUCAAAGUUUUAACAGCUGAGAGAGACAAAAUUCUCAAUCUUUAUGAGCAGGCACAGGAGGAGAUUUCCCAGAUUUGUCCGGAAGUUAUAAAAUGCCCCAACACUCCUGUGACAGCUCAAGCUGUAUUAAGACACAUGGAGAUAGAAAGGGAUACAGCACUGUCAGAUUUCCAAAGGAUGCCUACAGAACGUGAUAGCCUCAGGGAGCAGUUACAGAUUUCCCAAGAAAGUGUGUUUAAUGAAUAGGCUCAUUUGGAACAGAGAAUUGAAGAGUUUUAAACUACUAUUCACAAUUUAGAUAGUGAAAAGUGAGAACAGAUGUCUAAAGUGGCACUGAUGAAAGGCACCAUUGAUUCUUUGGAAACUGAGAUGAAAAGAUUGACAAGAAAAGUACUGGAUUCUGAAACUGUGAGUUGACAGGAAGCUGAAUAUGCUUCGCUUAAUUUAUUGAAUGAAAAGACUGAACUGAAUCUUUCAGAGAUUCAGUGAAGAAUUCUUGUGAAGAAAAAACAUGAAAUGCAACUUAGUCGAGAGAAAAUUAUGCAUUUAGAUUAAAAAACUGGUGAGUUCAGCAGGGAAUCACUUCUUCAGCUUUAUAAGGAUGAUGUCAGCUGGUACUAUAUAAAAAAACUAGCAAAGUACCAAACUGAGUUUGAUGAUAAGAAGUUGGAAGCCCAGGAUUCAAACUGAGAUAUUUUCAGGCUGAAGCAUGUGCUGAAGUCUAAAGUGACUUUAUGUGUUAGUAGAGAGAACUGUGAGCUCUUGAAGAAUUAUCACAAAGCCUGUGAACAAGGAGGAAGUUGGGAAGCAAAAUGCCAUGAAGCAGAAACAGGCUUUUCUGUUAGACUAGCACUGCUCAUGGGUACCCAUUCUGAAACAGAGCUGCUGAGAAAACAACUGGGAAAUGAAAAAGCAUCUAUGAAAAACCUGGAAUCUUCGCUUGUGUCCAAUUGUGAGAAUGAAUUUCAGUCUCAGAGAGCAAACCAAGAGAAAGUCUCUGAAAUUCACUUUCACAAGGAACAGCUUGCUUUAGUAGAAAACAAUCUUGCUGUGCAGAGUCAAGAAUUUACUCACCUCAGAAACAGAGCAACAGAGUCAGAACUGGAUAUCACCAAAACACAGCUGGGGACUGAGCACUUUGAUAGUAAGGAUGAAGGGUCUGAAGAGGACAUCUCUGGGAAGAUCAUCUUCUUCAUGGGAAGAAAUUAA